AUGGCUGCUCAGAAUUCCCAGUUCCAAGAGGAAACAAUAAAUAAUCAUAGGGACAUGGCCGCUUCCAUCAAAAAUCUUAAAGGUCAGAUGGGUCAGAUAGCACAACAAAGAGUGACAAAGAAGGAUCCAAGAAAGAAAGGCUUUGAGAAAUUCUUCACAAUGUUCAAAAAGAUAGAGAGCAAUAUGCCUUUCUUUGAAGCACCCGAGCAAAUGCCAAUGUACAAAAAAUUCAUGAAAGAGGUAAUCGCUGAAAAGAGACCAAUAGGAGAUGGGUCGGUAGCUUUGAAUGAAACGUGUAAUGCAAUAUCACCAGGUAGGAGAAUUUCAAAUAAGCAGAAGGAUCCUGGAGCAGUCACAGUCCCAUGCACUAUAAAAGACAUAACUUUCAAGAAGGUACUGAUUGAUUCUGGAGUUAGUGUGAGUUUGAUGCCAUUGUCAAUCUACCAAAGGCUUGGUAUUGGAAAUGUCAGUGAUACAAGGACAAAUAUGAAGUUUGCAGAUCACUUCAUAAAGAAUGCAUAUGGGAUAGAAGAAGACGCACUGGUGAAAAUAGAGAAAUUUAGUUUUCUUAUUGAUUUUGUGAUCAUAGACAUACCUGAGGAUGAAGACACAUCUAUCAUUCUUGGUCGACCAUUCAUGCGGACAAGUCGAUGCAAUUUCGACAUAGACCACGAUACACUAACUUUAAAAGUUUAG